UCCUGGCGGGAUGGGGAAGCGGGUGAAGGGCGCUCGGCGGGAGGGGAUGGCGGCGGCGGGCAGCCUCCCCGAGGAGCCGGUGGUGAACCGUUGCGUCCUGCAGUUCUACUUCUACCAGGCCAUGGCGGCCUACCGCGCCGGGCGGUACAGCGACUUCCGACAGCUCCGUGACGUCAUGCAGGCGCUGCUUGUGCGGCCCCUGGAGAAGGAGCCCGUGGUGGCCAAGAUGCUGCGCAUAAUGCAGUUCCUGUCACAGAUUGAGGAAGGCGAGAACCUCGAUUGCACCUUUGAUAAAGAUUCAGAGCUCACUCCUCUCGAAUCAGCAAUCGGUGUCCUGGAGCUCAUUCAGAAAGAGUUCUCUGUGGCUGAGAAGACAAUGGAAACUGUUCAGAAAAUGGUGAAGGAAGCUGCUGUUAUUGUCUGCAUCAAAAACAGAGAGUUUGAUAAAGCUUCAAAAAUUGUAAAGAGGCACUUAGGGAAGGACCCCAAAAGUCAGAAAAAGAGGAAUGAGUUGCUGACCGUUAUCCGGGAGCAGAAUUCCAGUCAUCCAAUGGUCAAAAACUUCUCUUACAAGCACUUCCAGCAGAACAUGUUUCAGUUCCUGAAGACCUAUGUGGAUGAUUCGGAGCCGCUGCUGCUAACGAUAAUGAAAAAGACUUUGGAUUCAGAACAUGCUGAAGAACCAAAAUGUUCAUCAGUGACUCCUGAGUCUGCAAAUGGGCCAAAGGACCAGGCAGCAGCUCUGGAGCCCUUGGGAAGGACAAAUCCCUCUCCAGAGCCAGCAAAAGACCUGGAGGGAGCUCUUAACCCCACAGAAAGCAGGGACGACCCCGCGGCAGCUCCUGAGCCUAUGGAAGGUGCUAGUGACUCUGCAGCAGCUCCUGAGCCUAUGGAAGGAGCUACUGAGCCAGCAACAGCUCCUGAGCAUAUGAUAGAAGCAGUUAAUACCCUGGAAGGGGGUUCAGAGCCUAUGGAAAUAUCUAAAGAACCAGCAGCAGCAGCUCCAGAGCUUCCAGGAGCGUCCUUCAGGGACAUGGAAAGGCAGCCCUCUGGAACUGUAACUGCGUAUGGGAUUUCUGUUCUGAGAGAAGCUUUCAAGAUCUUGUCGGACUCCCAGGAUUCUGAUGCACUCUUCACCAAACUGGAUGAAACAGACUUUUCUUUACCCAAGCAACUGUCUCCUUCUGUAUCCCACAGAACCAAGAGACGGAAAGAAGAGGAGAGUCAAGAUUCUCAGAUCUCAAACCCUCCUGAAAUACCCCAUAAGGGCAAACGCUUGUUGACCAUAAGCAAACUGGUCAUGGAGGAAGACAGCCAGUACAGCGAGUUGAGUGAGAGCCCAGACUCUUCCCAGGAGCCAGUUGUAUCUUCUGCUUCCAGACCUGUUCAGAAAGUGCAUGACCAGCCUGUAUCUACUAAGAGUGCCAAGUCCUUCCAAAGAAGGUGGAACAGCUCAUUUGGUGAAGAAGCAAAAGACAGUUGGAGUGAUGAGGAUGAGCUCUUCUCAGAUGCAGCAUCGUUUGGGAGAAACAGCCACAACUCUACAGUCUUCGGUUCCAAGAAACAGAAAUGGACAAUACAGGAGAGCGAGUGGAUCAAAGAGGGCGUGAAGAAGUUUGGAGAAGGGAGAUGGAAGGCCAUUUGCCAGAAAUACCCCUUCCAGAACCGCACGCCAGUGAUGAUCAAGGAUCGUUGGCGGACCAUGAAAAAGCUGGGAAUCCUCUGAAGUCAGGAGCCAUGAGACCUUCAGCGCAAAAAACCUUCUUAUUUGUCUUUUGAAAGAUGGACCAGAGCAAUAGUAGUGGGGAGGCUGCUGUGCUCGUUCCUGGUGUGUGUUGGGGCUGGCGUGGUGAGCUCCUCUGGCUCAUGGUACGCAAGACUUCUGCAGCAGAUGGAACCACAUCUGACAAGAACCGAGGAGCUUUGUGUCUCAAGUUGUAGCUGCAAGGCUUAGGUCUUCUGCAGUUGCCAGAAGCUGCACAGCCUGAUUGCACGUGCUUGGAAACGGCUUGCAUCGGGACUUCUUUUUCCACCUGACAACUGCAGUGUUCGUAGAAUGAAUCCCAACCUGAUGGGCUACUGAAAUGACAGUUUUCUCUGUUCGGAGGCUAUGGUAGGAUAAUCCCAUCUGUGGCUAUUUUAAUGUGUUUUAAUUUUCUAAACUAUGAAUCUCUUGUUUCAUCUGUUUAUUCUCAGUCCCUUGUGGGAGAGAAGCAGCAUGUAGUCCCAGAGCUUCUGGGGAGAAGAAGAGAUUUAGGCAAGAUGAUCUGCUUAGAUUUGUUAUUUUUUUGCCCCCAUUUGUUUUUUCUGCUUUAUACAUGGCAAGUCUGCAACUGGCAAUUUCUCCCUUCCAGCUUUGAGUCUUUAAAAACUUUAGUUUUUUUUGUUUCAGUACUUAAAUAUUGGUUGCUCCCAUGUUAAAAAGUUCAAGUGCUUACUCAUUUUGGUUAUGUCUUACUGGCACCUCUCUCUCCUGGUCACAUCUCCUUCCUAUGUGUGAUCCCUGCAAGUGUACAAGCUCCAAGGGGAGUCCUUGCCUUCAGGUGCCAAAGCUGGAGUCCAUGUCUGAGCAGUCUUCUAUAAAAUAAAGUUCCUGUCUUCUUGGGUA